AUGUCAUCAUCAUUCGAAAACGGCGCCCUUUACAUGAUCCUCUACGCGAGGUCAGCCUGGAACAUUUCAUUGGGGAAUAUUUCUUCCGUGUUCAGGAUGAGAUUGACGAACAACAUUCGAAAGUCCAGGACCAUCGUCUUUGCCUACAAACUCGGCUGUGUAUUCUCUGAAGCCGCUUUAGACCAAGCCUUUCGAGCUAUCACAGACUUUGGUCCAAUAUCUAAGCGGACAGGCGAAACUUUCAGUUGCAGAACUUGGAUGAAGGAUAGCCUUGCCUUGCUACACGACGAGGGCAUUGCUUUCGAUGAAGCCGCCCCUCUGGAGCCUGCUAUCGAGUCGGGAACAGGUGAUUUGACUAUCAUGGGUGGCACUACUUAG